GGCAGCCUCGUGGGUCCAAGCUCAUGUUGAUCAUUCUAUCCUGUGAGUGUAAAUAUACUCGACAUAUUUAUUCAAGUAUAUUUCAACAACAUUUCUUCCGUUGACCCCAUACAGCUCACGGGAGCUUCUCGAAAUCAUGGCUCGUAAUGCUGAGAAAUCGCAAUCGAUGCUGUUCCGCUUCAGGGAAGCGCAACAAGCAGAAUUAGGUAUUAUCGAUGCGGGAAGGACGCGGCGCCCAAAGAUGAUAACGGAAGUCUCAUCUAUACCAUCAUGCGAAAAAUGGAGAGGCCAAGUUCUGAAAGAGAUCUCACGCAAAGUCAGCAAGAUCCAGGAUCCAAGUUUGAGUGACUUUAUGAUUCGAGAUUUGAACGAUGAAAUCAACAAGGCUAUGAGAGAAAAAUAUAUGUGGGAGGUACAGAUCAAAAAUUUGGGGGGUCCGAAUUAUAUGCGAGGCGGAGGGAAAGUCUAUGAUGAUGAAGGAAGGGAGAUACCAGGUGGUGGGAAGGGAUACAGGUAUUUUGGACGUGCUAAAGAGUUACCGGGAGUCAAAGAAAUGUUUGAAGCUGCGACAAUCAAAACCCGCGAAGAUCAACCUUUAGAAUCGAGAGUAGACCUGCGAAAACAAGUCGAUGCUUCAUAUUAUGGUUACAACCUUGACGAAGAAGACGGCACUUUGUUAGAUUAUGAAAUACAAAAGGAGAAAGAGGCUUAUGAGAACUUAUUGGAGGGCAAAGAUAAGAAAGCACCCGACGGGUGGGAGCCUUUACCCGGAGAUGCAGGAGAUGGCGCAGGAUGGAGGCUACCUACGAGCGAUGAAGUUCAGGAAGAGCUUGUCGAUAGACGACGAAGACGAUUACUGGACAAACUUGGAUGACAGGACCACGAUGAUUUUAUAAAGCUACUAUUACAUACCCAAUACGAGAAUUCUAAUCUAUUCUUUUGCAGUCCGAGUGAGCGUCCCGACUACGACUUGAUCCGGGGACCAAUUAGGAUAUAUAUCAAGAUUUAUGUUAUGAUGGCGAUCAUUUUAGAACUUGUGAGUAUUGAGUUCCUUGCGACGUGCUGGUGUGUGUAUCUUUUCUAUCAGACGUCGCGCUCUGUAGCUAUCUUACGUUUUAACAAGUGUCAUUGUCGCCAAAUAUUUAGUAGCCAAAGCGUCUAGUGCCCAACUUAGAUGUCCAAACCUCCAUCUCGGUCUUAUAACGCCAGGUAUAGUAAUACACAGGACUCGAAUAUAUGCGGAUAUAUCCUGUAUCUUCAUGUCUCGAGUGCCCUUUCACUCUUCAUAUAAUCUUCUUCAACAACCUUUGUGAUGAUAAAUCAUAGACAAUCGCAUUCUUGGUCUCCCA